CAUUCACCAUGCAUCGUCAGAGUGCAGGCAGGGCGUCCAUUUCCUCCUCAGGGAACAGAAGAUCUUCUGUGGGUCCUCUCAGGGUCAAACAUGACAAUGCUGCUGCUUCAACAAGCCGAGCUGCAGGUAAUGGGUUCAUGCGUCGGUCAUCAGGUGCAGGGGCCACAGGACCCCGCAAAUCCACUGCCCCAAAAUCCAACUUUGGAUUCAGCAACACUAGAAGGCCUUCCAGCGGCUAUGGGCGUUCCAACAUGUCAAGAGAGGUACUUCGGGAAUCACGUCCAAUCAGUGACAAGUCUUACAUGCAGAAAGAAAUCAGGAGGAUCAUAGAUUUCUUACAGGAACAUGGCUUUUCACACCCCAUUUCUGUGAAGCAAUUGAUGUCUCCAACAACCAAAGAUUUUGUCCGAGUCUUCCAGUUCCUCUACAACUUCCUUGAUGAGGACUAUGUUGUUGGACCGAAGAUUGACGAGGAGAUUCCAGCAAAAUUCAAAGAACUGAAAUAUCCUUUCACCAUCUCCAAGAGCUCCAUGUGCACCCUUGGUAGUUCCCAUGCAUGGCCUCAUGUCCUGGCUGCUCUUCAUUGGCUCUGUGACCUUAUCCAGUAUGCCAUGAACACAAGGGUAUCUGAGAUACUGUUCACCGAUGAAGACGUUCCUGGUUGUCUCGAUGAACAAGCUUACUCAGAGAUGCACUUUGACUACUUAGAGAAUACUUAUGCCGAGUACAUGAAUGGACAAGAUCAGUAUGAUGUGCAUGAGAGGAAACUCAGGGAAGCUAUCCAGAUGAGCAAAGGAGGGGAUAUCAACAUGGACAAUCUGGUAGCGGAGGAAGAACGACUGAAAGCAGAGUUACAAGAAUUGGAACAACAGCAGAGUCGCAUUCCAAACCUUCAAGAGCAGAUGAAGGCAAAGACCAUUGACUGUGAGAGGUUCUCUAACUACCUGGUCAGUCUGAGAGAACACAAGAAGACACAUGAACUCAAGAUGCAGGAAAUUGACCUUCACCUUGGACAAUUGGAGCUGGAGGAGUCUGAGCUUGACGGGUCAAUCGCUCGUCUGGAGUACCAGCUGGAGCACCAGGAGCUGUCAGCGAAGGACGUGGAGCGCAUGCAGACGGAGCUCCGCCAGGCUAACUCCAGUCUGGAUCAGGUGGAGAGGGAGAACCAGGCCCUGGACCAGGAGAUUUGGGCCGAGGAACGCAGCAUCGCAAAGAAGCAAGAGGAGCUUGAGAGGAAAGUGAAUGCUUACAACAGCCUUGCUCGUAAGCUGAAGCUGAUCCCGGCUGAUGCAGAGAAUGCCCACGGUAUUGACUAUGAGCUCCGUCUCAACUUCCAUUCCAUCUACACUCAACAUUCACCCAUGUUGGACUUUGUCAGUACAAUAAAGCCUGCAUUGAUACAACUGAAGAAGAAUAUCAAUGGCGAGGUUCAUAAGCUCCACAGUCAGAGAUUGAAUGAAGAAGAGGCCCUUGAUCAGGUGAAAGAGAUGACAGAAGGAAAGAGAGAAGAGAUCAGAAAGCUAGAAUCUCAAGUUCAGCGACUAGAGAAAGAAAUCAAUGCAUUCAAGGAGAAAACUCGUGAUGAAACUCAAGCGAUGACAGAUCGUCUUGCUGACAUCGAGAAGGAAAAGGAGAUGGCUAGGGCAUCAGGGAGCGCAGACGUAGCUCAGACACAGGAACAAGUCAGACAAAUGCAGUCAAGAUAUGAAGAAGGCUGCCAAACCAUGCAGAUAGAGAGAGAGAAUUAUGAUAAGUUCCUCACUCAAGUCUGUACAAUGAUCCUGGAACACAAAGCAAAAAUACAAAAUCAUGUCAGAAAUCUUCAAGAGGAAGCUCACAAUCACCUUGAAGUCAUCAGAAGUAUGGAGAUUCCUCAACAUCCAAACCCAUCCACGUAAGGUCACCAAGAGAAGAUGAAAAGCUCUUCAUAGCUAAUAAAGCCAACAUCCGUCAUUUAUUGUUGAAUAUUUGGGUACUCCAACAAGAGAUUAAGUUGAGUUGGAUGAUUAAAUUGAAAUCUAAUCAAUCAAUCUUUUAUUUAAACUUGAAAUUAGAAAUUACAUGAAAAGCAG